AUGGAUUCAAUCACUGUGGGAACUUGUGAAUCUGCCUUGACGCCAGGAUUGAUUCUUGUGGUUUCCAUGUGGUUCCGUCGUGAUGAGCAACCAAAGCGAAUAGCGAUAUGGUACACAGGUGUCGGAGCAUCGAGCAUCGUUGGCUCGUUGGUAUCAUUCGGGUUCCAAUUCUACCACAGCCACUAUUUUGCAUCGUGGCAGAUCAUGUUUCUGGUCUUCGGACUAGUCACGAUAUCGUUCGGAAUUGUUGUUAUUGUGUUCUUGCCCGACAACCCGGCGACCGCACGCAGGCUGUCACCUGCAGAAAGAGAAGCUGUUGUGAAUAGGUUGACGCGCGACCAGAACACUAUUGAGUCGAAGCAGUGGAAACGAUACCAGCUCCAACAGUGCCUUCUGGACCCCCAGACGUGGCUACUGGCCCUUAGUGCGACGGCAGCUGCGAUACCAAACGGUGCUGUCUCCAACUUCCAGUCGAUCGUCAUCCGCAGCCUUGGAUAUAACAACAAGCAGACCGCGCUGUUGCAGAUACCAGGCGGCGUUAUAGCCGUGUGUAGUGUCUUAUUCGCAGGCUGGUGUGCCUCGCGCUACAACGCACGCGGACUGACUGCAAUUCUCUGCUCGACGAUAGGAGGCCUGCUCGGAGGAGGACUCCUCGCCUUCUUGCCAGCGAACGAGGUUGCUGGGAGGCUCGUUGGCAACUACAUGACACACGUUCUCACUGCCGUGAUUCCAUGCAUCUACUCGUUUGGCGCAUCCAACACAGCGGGACACACCAAGAAGGUCACCAUGAAUGCCAUCUUGUUGAUGAGCAAUUGCCUUGGCAACAUCCUCGGUCCAUUGACCUUUCGGAACAAGGACGCGCCAGAGUUCGUCCCGGCCAAGACCACGCUUGUCGCUGUGGAGGCUUCGACUAUCUUAUUGGUGAUCGUGUUGCUGGGCCAUUACAAGAGGCAGAACUCGAAGAGGGAAGUUUAUGCCACUGAUCCGGAUAGCGAGCAGGCCACCGAUGGGGGCUUCGAUCGGACCGAUGUGGAGAAUGUGAGCUUCAGGUAUAAGUAUUAG